GAAAAGUCGUCGAGGCAGAAAAGAGGAUCGAUAGAUCCACGCGCGCGAGGAGAAAGUUAUUACAUAUAUAUAAAUAUAUAUAUAUACCUACCGGUAUUCACGUCCGCCCGAUUGCCUGCCUAUUUGCCCGAGCACCUGCCAGCCGCAAUCGCUCGUCUUGCCUGCCUGCCUGUCCGCUGUCAUCGUCGCUGCGAGCACGGAUUCUUUUUGUCGAUCAUCUCUCGCUAUUCAAUAAGUGUCUUCUUUUUAAUCGUCGAACGCGACACUCUGGAAUUUCCAACGUUUCAUCAUCGCAAAUCCUCGUGCAAAGUCACACCCGGAGAUCGGGGGGAGGAGGGUUGGCGCCUUUUGCAAUUUUCCUCCUAAAAUUUGGCCAACGCGUAGCUCCAGCCAUGUGGUCCCCGCUUCUUCAUCUUUCCGCGUACAAAUCCGUGAAAGAGAUGGUGGAGGUGCUCUUCGAUCGAAUCGACGGCCAGGAGGUGACUAUCGUCGAGUCGGACUGCCUGCCAGAAUCGCCGACGGAAAACUCGCCGGUCAACGAGAAGUUAACGCCGAUCCAGGAAUUUUACUAUGGCCAGAGCAUUUUUAUCACCGGCGGAACCGGUUUUAUGGGCAAACUCUUGAUCGAGAAGAUCCUCAGAACGUGUCCUGGAGUAGCCUCGAUCUACCUGCUGGUGCGCCCGAAGAAGGGCAAGGACGUGCACCAACGCACCGAAGAGAUCUUCGAUGACGAGGUGUUUUCAAAGCUCAGAGAUGAACAGCCCAAAUUCCGGCAUCAAAUCGUCGCCAUUGCGGGAGACUGCAGUCAACCGAAUCUUGGGAUAUCCGCACAAGAUCGUGCCACUCUCAUCCGGGAAGUUUCAAUCGUUUUCCACGUCGCAGCCACGGUCAGAUUCGACGAGAAGUUGAAGUUAGCAGUGCCCAUUAACGUCAGAAGUACGAGAGAUGUAGUAAAUCUCUGCAAGGACAUCACGAACUUGAAGUCUUUCAUACAUGUAUCGACCGCAUAUGCAAAUUGUCCGCAAAGUGUGAUCGAGGAGAAGUUUUACGAUCCGCCAAUAGACUCUGACAAGCUAAUUGCGCUAAUGGAAUGCAUAGAAGAUAAGUUGGCUGAGGACAUGACCCCGCAUUUAUUAGGAAAAUGGCCAAACACCUACACCUUCACGAAAGCAGUUGCCGAGAACGUGAUUAGGAAACAGGCUACCGACUUGCCAGCUGGCAUCUUUCGUCCAGCUAUUGUAAUCUCAACAUAUCGGGAACCUACACGGGGUUGGAUCGAUAAUCUGUAUGGUCCUACGGGAGUUGCUGCCGGUGCUGGAACUGGAUUGCUUCGAUCGAUUCAUUGUGACGGCUCAGUGCAUGCAAAUGUGGUACCUGCCGAUUUAACGGUCAACGCUUUAAUCGCAUGUGCGUGGGACGUGGCCAACGAUCAAAGAUUGAACAACAAGUCGCACAACAACAUUCCGAUUUAUAAUUACGUGUCCACGGAUAAUCCAAUAACUUAUGACGAGCUGAAAGAUAUGUCAACGAAAUAUGGUCUCGAGAUUCCCUCCUGCCGAGCAGUUUGGUAUUACAGUUUUAGAAACAAUAAGCACAGGAUGGUCCAUCUCUUUUUUGUAUAUUUCUGGCAUCUGCUUCCAGCUUUGCUGCUCGAUACUGCAACACUUUGUAUAGGAAGACAACCCAGGUUGCUUAAAGUUUACAAGAAGAUACACAAAUUUAUGGAUGUGUUGAAUUAUUUCUCCACGCAAGAGUGGAAAUUCACUAAUAAUCGGUUGCACACGCUGAUGGCGAAGCUUACAUCCAAAGAUCGCGAACAGUUCUACUGCGAUAUACGAGAUGUCGAUUGGAAUACUUAUUUUGAAACUUACAUUCGUGGGAUAAGAGUGUACUUAAUUAAAGAUCCUUUAGACACUCUGCCACAAGCACGCGUCAAAUGGCAAAGAUUAUACUGGAGCCAUCAAGUGCUGAAGCUCAUAUUGACCUACGUCGCUUUGAAAUUCUCCUGGAUGAUCAUAUCCAUGAUGUUCGAUUCUUUUUACCCGACAGUGUGAUAGAAAUGAUAGGAUUAAGCCCGAAAUCUGAAGGACAUGCGCCUUGGGAAUGUCGACCUGAACGGUGGAGGGUGUCUUUACACACGCGUUCUUAAAGAAAAAACGAUUCUCAGAGAACUGUGAAGCUUUCAUAAAAACUGGAGUGGGAGAAUUAAAAAAUUAUGGAGGAUCAUGUCGUAACACUGCAUACCCAACAAAUUGUGUUACGAAAGAGAAAUAUGAUGUAUAAACAACAUGAAAUGUGAUAGAGGGACAGUACAACAACAACAAUUUCGAUUGUAUUCUAAUUUCGACGAUCUUCGUACAGGUAAAUUGUAAGAAUUAUGUAUCUUGUUUCCAAAAUAGAUUUUGUGUUACUUAAGAUUAAACUUUAAUAAUACACGACCCAUAAGUUCUAGGAUACUCUUAAAAAUAAAAUAAAAGAAAAUAAAAUUAUAAGUUUUUCCAUUUUCGUGAUAGAUAUUUUAUAGCUAAAAAGAUCAACAGGCUUUAAGCUUAUAUAUGGAAGAAAAGGCGGCAUCUUUUUUUUCUAUAUAAAAAAAGGAAGAAGAAGAAGUUAAAAAGAUCAAAUUAUAGUUGUAUUGCCAAAGUAAAAAGAAGUAAAUAAGAAUGUGUCUUAUUUUAAAGAGUGUUCAAGAAUUUAUGAACGAUAAUGUAUGUGCCUUGUAACACAUUGGUAAUACAUUAUGUAUUAUAUAAUGGCGUAUUAAAUAAUAGUGUCUUCGGCUGCGGCUGAAUAAAUCUUGAUGAUGUAAAUAGACGAUAUAUUACUUUUUUUACUUCUACUUAGUUUUUUAAUUUGUCGUUCGAAAGUUUAGGCGUAUUGAAUUCUCGAUUGCAACAUCAGUUUCGACGGGGUUUGACGAUUAAAGAAAACAAUUUCCCGCGACGGAACAUUAGUAGGACAGAGGUGAAGGUGAGUCAAUGCGCGGACUCAUGAUUUAUGUAAUCCGAUUAAUUUAAGCAUGCUCCUUGUCAUUGCUUAUACUUAUUUUACGAAUCAGCAUUUUACGCGCAUAAUUGUUUUGACAAAGGAAGAAAUGCUUAACAAGCGAUGUAUUAUCGUUCGUGCAAAUAAAACGUGCAAGAGUAAAGAGACACGUACUUUAUAUUUGAUAAUUUAUAAUCGUAUACUUUGAUUUUACUGUCAGAUAUUCAGAUGCACGUGAGAUAAAAACGCACGUACCAAAGGGCUCUCAGGCAUUUGAGAGAAAGCGUAUUUUGUUUUGACAGUCGUGACGCAGAUUGCCGACGUACGACACGCGUGUGCGAUCAUGCGUGCCCAUGCGUAUGGCAAAGCGCGGGUACAUGGCGAUGCAUAAUGAACAGUCGAAAUGCAACAACCGUUUAAGUAACGUGUACACUCGUCGCGAACGAGUGCGGGACCGUUAAAGAAUGCACCGCGGAGAGAAACGAAAAAA